CUUCUCAGAAAAGUUAAAUAAAUAAAUAAAAAAGGUUUCAGACAAUGUUUUGGCAGAUGUUAGAUGAAGCACAAUGCGUUUUACAGUAACUACCGUGUAUUUCAGCACUUAUUUUUUCUAGUAUAUUGUAUUUAUUUAACGAGCUUCUAUAGAAGGAAAAUGCAAAUCAAAAGCUAAUCUUCAAAUUUGUUUAAUCAACUUUUUAUUUGAAAUUUAAGUGAACUUAAGUAAAGAUCUCAAUCAAGUAAAUUUUUGAAAAGAAAAAAAAAAAAGAACAAAGGUAUUCUACGUCUCUCUAUUUAUGUAAGAAAGAGUUUUGUGUUAUACAAAAUGAAAUUUUUUAAAACCAGUGAAAACCAUGCGCUACAUUUGCUACUCAUUGUUUUAUGUAUAAAGUUUAUUGUUUGUAAAAAUUUAACUAUUGGUUUAUUUUUGCCUUGGACUGGUUCAUGGGCUGUUGGUAACAAGUUUGCUGGGGCUGCUACUGUUGCCAUCAAUGAUAUUAAUAAUAAUACAAACGUUCUUAAAAACUAUAAGUUGUUCAUAGCAUGGAAAGAUUGCAUGUGCAACGCUAUCCAAAGUGUCGGAAAAACUGCGGAUUUCCAGACAGAAGAAUUUAAUGGAAAAAAAGGGGUUGACGUUUAUAUAGGUCCUUAUUGUUCCGAUGGAUGUACGCCUAGUGGAUUAUUAGCAGCAUAUUUCAAAAAACCCAUGAUAUCUUACAGUUGCACUUCACAGGAUCUUUCUGAAAAAAAACUAUAUCCAACGUUUGCUCGCACUGUAAUGGAGGCUCGGUCAUCACCUAUAACAUUCUAUGAAAAAUUUGCGUUAUUAAUGGCCGAAUUUCGUUGGAAAAGAAUUACAUUGAUCGUGUCUCAGAAAGCUGCUUGGGUUUCAUUAAAACAAGUUGUUUACGAAAAACUGACAGAAAAAGGAAAUACUGUAGAAUUUCAACACUUUAAUGACGAUAAUAAAACCGGCUUUAAAGAGGUGCUUGAGAAGGUUAAACGAAAUGCACGCAUUUUUGCAAUAUUUGGUUACAAAAGUGAAGCUGUUAGAAUGCUUGCUGAAGCACGGAAACUUGAUAUGUUUAAUGGGGAAUACAUGUUUAUUACAAUGGAUUUUUCAGCUGAAUCUAGUGAGGUGGAUGAAGCAGAUUUGUUAGAAUUCAAUAAAACUACUGUUUUAUCUGGUUUUCUUGACAUUAGCCCUGAGCAACCUUCAGAUCAUGGAGAAAAAUAUGAAGUUUUUAUUAACCAAGUCCGUAACGCAACAAAUCAAUAUCCUUUUUUUAGUAAUCUUCAACCAGCUGAAAAGGUUGACAAUAAAGCAGCAUAUCUUUAUGAUGCUAUCUACUUAUACGCUUUAGCUUACAACAAGACUUUAGAACAAGGUGCAAAUCCAGAUAAUGUUACUGAGCUCAUGAAAAGAGUAUUUUCUGCAAACUUUACAGGAAAGUCUGGCCAAGUUGUAAUCGAUAAUAAAGGAGAUCGUGUGCCAGCAUUUGUUGUUAGGAGUUUUAAGGAUGGAGUAAGUGAAGUCAUUUACAAAUAUGAACCUAGAAGUGAAGAAAAAAAAAGUUUUGGUAAAAAGAUUUUCUGGCCUGGAGGAAGAAUAAAUCCUCCUUUGGAUCAACCUGAGUGUGGAUUUCAUAGAGAACUUUGUCAAGAAAAAGAUAAAUCAAGCCAAAGUACUUUGAUACAGACCAUUGCAAUAGUGUUUGUGAUGGUAUUUAUUUUUGGUGCCACUGCUGGAUUUUUUUACUAUAGGCGAAAGAAGUUUGAAAAAGAUCUUCUUGGAGAAGGUUUCUUUGUUUCCUAUGAUCAAAUUAUGAGUGGAACUGUAAAUCAAAAUGGAAAAAUCAAUGGCUCACUUACAUCAAAAGCAGCCAUUACUACUGCUUUGUUAACAAAUGCAGAAUCAUAUUCAAUGGUUAGCGAUUCAGAAAGUAUGACAGACAGAAACAAAUUAGUUGUUCGAUUUAAUGGAGAUCAUGUCAGAUUGAAAAAACUGAAGAAAAACACAGCUAAUAUGUCAAGAGAUAUUCUUUUAGAGUUUAAAGAGGUUCGAGAACUCCAUCAUACAAAUCUUUGCCAAGUAGUUGGGGUGUGCAUUCAAAUCCCAAAUAUAUGCAUUCUAAACCAGUAUUGUUCUAAAGGAAGCCUUCAAGAUGUCUUACAAAAAGAGGAAAUUAACAUUGAUAAGAUGUUCAAGAUGUCUUUUGCUGCAGACAUUGCAGCUGGUAUGCAAGAAUUGCAUAGAAAUGGAAUAAUUCAUGGUAGACUUCACUCAAAUAAUUGUUGUAUUGAUAACAGAUGGGUGUGUAAAAUCACAGAUUUUGGAAUGGACAAAUUUCGUCAAGAUCAUUUUAAUAAUAAUGAGGAAGAAGAAAGUGAAUAUCAAAAAUAUAGAAACAUGCUUUGGACUGCACCAGAGUUAAUAACAGACAUUGCUAGUGGACAAAGAAAAAGAAAAACAAAAGAAGGAGACAUUUAUAGUUAUGGUAUAAUAAUGUCAGAAAUUGUUAAUAGAAGUGAUCCUUAUGCAGAGAAUUCUGAAGAUUUAGAAAUAAAUGAUAUCAUAAAGAAUGUCCAAGAGAAAAAAUCUCCUCCAUUUCGUCCAAAAAUCAUAUUGGAUGAAGAUUUGCAUGAACAUUACUACACGUUAAUGUAUGAAUGUUGGAGUGAUUAUCCAAAUCAAAGGCCUUGUUUUGACAAAAUAAGUGCACGAUUAAAACGAAUUGCUGGACGUAAUGGUGGUAAUUUAAUGGACAAUAUGAUAAAAAUGAUGGAAAAAUAUACAAACAAUUUAGAAGAUGUAGUUGAAGAAAGAACAAGUCAACUCAAGGCUGAAAAAGCAAAAACAGAUGAACUUUUAUAUAAAAUGUUGCCAAAAUCUAUUGCUGAACAAUUAAAAAACGGUCAGCAAAUUACAGCUGAAAGUUUUGAGUCUGUUACAAUAUUCUUCUCUGAUAUUGUAGGGUUUACGUCAUUGGCAUCAAUGAGUACUCCAAUGCAGGUUGUUGAUCUUCUUAAUGAUUUGUAUACCUGUUUUGACAGAUGCAUUGAUAACUAUGAUGUCUAUAAGGUAGAAACUAUUGGCGACGCGUAUAUGGUUGUUUCUGGACUUCCAACAAAAAAUGGAAUUUUGCACGCAGGAGAAAUAGCUACAAUGUCGUUAGAUUUGCUGCAUCAUAUUGUAUCUUUUAGAGUUAGACAUGUCCCAGAUCAUCAUCUUCAAUUAAGAAUCGGAAUACAUUCUGGUUCGGUUGUGGCUGGUGUUGUUGGUUUAAAAAUGCCUCGAUAUUGCUUAUUUGGUGACACUGUUAAUUACGCAUCACGUAUGGAGUCUAGUGGCCUUGCAUUGCGAGUUCAUGUUAGCCCUGAAUGCAAAAAACUUUUAGAUGAAUUAGGCGAUUAUUUACUUCAAGAUAGAGGUGCCGUAUCUAUGAAAGGGAAAGGAACAAUUCACACAUAUUUCCUAACUGGAAAAGUUGGUUUUGAUAAGGAGCUACCCGAUCUCAGUUUAGCUGUAGGACUUGAAAUGCACGACUUCAAAUGAUGUUUCAAGCACUUGAAAUCAAUGCUAGUUGGAUAUUGCAUAGAUUUUGCAAGAUAGCUUUAAAAGAAAGCCAUAAAUGUUCGGAUGAUACCCUUAACCAAGUAAAACUUGAGGCUUUUAGAUUCAUCGCGAAUUCCACAAAGAUAUGCUGUAUAAAAAAAUAAUAUCAGACUUCAGUUUAUAGUUUUUAUACUGUAAAAUGAAAAUACAACAAAGAAUCUUUGGAAUGUUAUUACAUAGAGCAACACGAAA